CCCCCAGCCGUGCCGUCAGCGGCGGGUGGUGCUGCCGCAGCGAGCGGAGGGGGGUCGCGCCGCCAUGCGAUUUCGGGCAAAGAUUGUGGAUCUCGCCUGCCUCAACAACUUCAGCCGUGAGUAUGGCAGGUCACGCGGAAGGGAGGCAAUGCCUUGCUAAGCGGCUGGCUUCGACUUUCCCGGGCAAAGGAGAGAGGAAGGGAGGUGUAAUUAACACAAUCUCCAAGUUAACCAAGACGUGCACCCUGCGCCUUACUGUCUGCAAGUUGUAUUUCAUCCUCUCCGAUAAAGUAGCAAAUGGAGGCGCGAGUAUGUGGUGUGAGCUGUGCCAGGGGAAUUUCUUCGACGAAUUUCAGAUGGAAGGAGUAGCUGCAGAGCACAAUGAAAUCUAUUUAGAGUUGGUGCCUGAGAACCUGUCAAGAGCAUUAAAAACUGCCCACAGUGCUAAGGCAGUGAAGAUCAAGUUGACUAAUAAACACUGUCCUUGUCUCAGAGUUGCUGUGGAGUUACCAUCCUUAUCAAGCAGCAGUAGGAUUGUGACACAUGACAUUCCUGUGGGGGUUAUUCCCAGAAGAAUAUGGAAUGACUUCAGAGAGCCCACUAUGCCAGACUUUGAUGUCAGUAUUUACCUACCAGUGCUGAAAAUAAUGAAGAGUGUUGUGGAAAGAAUGAAGAAUCUCAGCAAUUUCAUUGUGAUUGAAGCAAACUUGAGUGGAGAAAUGAACUUGAAAAUAGAAACUGACUUAGUAUCUGUAACAACACAUUUUAAAGACCUGGGAAAUCCUCCCUGGGCAUCAGAAGAUGGGUGUCAAAGUUCUGCUCAAGGCAGAAAUCUGGAAAGUAUGGCUGAGGCACGCAUAGACAUCAAGAAGCUGCAGCAGCUGCUUGCUGGACAGCAGGUCAAUCCUACAAAAGCGUUGUGCAAUAUUGUAAGUAAAAGAAUUGUUCACUUCAUCUUGCUGCAUGAGGAUGUUUCACUUCAGUAUUUUAUUCCAGCACUUGCCUGAAUAUUUUGGAAUCUUGAGCAUUUUCCAACCUGAGGCCUUUUCCAUGAAGUCUGAAAUCUUUCCUGAAUUGCUGGAGUAUUUUCGCAUGAUACACUGUUAGAAGCAGCCAUCAGAUGGACAUUAUUUCAAUAUUUAUGAAAUUAUUCAUAAUACCUCCUCAUCCAGAAAGCCGUUUUGGAAAGACGUACCUCUGGGAAGCUGACAUAUUGCAGUCUUAAGGGAAACAAAACUGAAAUUUGAAUGUGCUUUUGGGAUGCUUUGAGCUAUGGGGAUGGCAAUGAAGUAUUUUGGUUUUGUCAAAAAACAUAAAGGUAGAAUGCAUCUCUGGAGCUGCUGCUGUGUGUAUUCAGUAUUGGGCAAUGCAGCUCCAAGUUAAGAGGUCUCUAAGCAAGCCAUCAUACUUCCAUGGAGCAGGAGAGCCCUCUGGAGGGUUGCAGAUUGGUAUUUGCCUAAACAGGUACACACAGCCCUCCUGAAGUGGUACUAAAUUGAAUUCUGUUCCAGUAGCGAUGUAUGUGAACUUGAUGCUGUUAAAUGUUGUGCAGCAGAAAUCUAACUGCCAGCAAGUAACAAGAUAUAACAGAUGCUAAGGAGCACCAACAGUUCAGCAGCAUCUCUUUUUACCUGGUUGUAUCUUUUGAUCUGACUUGCUCCAACAUAACUCAGUAGCUCUGUGCUUAAUCUUUGUUUAGCUCUUGGCCUGAGAGGAUGAGCUAAACAGUCUGGAUUACUUUGCUAAUGUGGGCAGUGAAAAUCUAUGUACAAAAUGAACGUCAUAUGAGGACAUGCAUGAACACGGCAAUUGGUGUGAACUAAAGGGCAAGUUAUCUGUGAAUCACAUUUUUUCCCCUUUUCAGAUGGAAAGCAUUGUACAACAUGUGUUGUCAUGGUGUCAGACAUGGUGAGAUUGCAUCUAGGCUCUCAUGCCAAGCAGCCAAGAGCAAGACUAAGUCUCAUUCAUGGGAGUACUGCCCCUUCUUCUACUUCCUAGUUAUCUUAUGAGGUCUUUUCUUCCUUAUUCCAUGUGUGAUUUAUUUGUUAUCUGGACAUGUUCCAUAUAGCUCUUAGUUGUUUUAGAAAUAGUGAGUGAGUUUUUGCUGCCAAAUGUGACUGGGAGUUUCUGCUGGGAAGUAACUUGUUAUGGUCAGAAGUGCUGGGGUUUUGGUUGUUUUUUUUUUCAAAGGGCAUUGAGGGUAAGGGAGCAAUGAAUCUUUUGUUCUUGUAGAUGCAAAGGGUCAAGAGAAGGCUGAAAGAGAGGCAGUGGUCUGGAGAUCUUACGUUUCUUUGCCUUCUUUCACUAUUACCAUCAGACUAACCAGGAAGCAUCUUCCAAAUCCUGUUAGUUUUCAUGGGCAGCUUCAAUUGCGCCAAAAAUCUGUGUAAAAUGAAAGUAGGUGUACUCCAGCUUACAGGAAUUGCAUGGUAAGAGGUAUGUGGUAAAUAUUCCUGGGUUUUUUCCUGGGGAGAGGGAAAAAACUAUCAGAAUGCAAUACAGAACAUGCACUAUGAUGGUAGGCUUUGAAAUGUUUGCAUUUCUGUUUGAAAAAUGUGUGUAUAACAUAACCUCAUGGAAAUUACUUUUUCUGGUAUAGUAUAAAAACUAGUAAUAAU